CAAUCAACUCGAUGGAGGUGAUAUCGAUGAGCACGAAACGGCAUACUGUUGUUCCGAAGACUGAAACCGAAAGGGUCAACACGGACGAGGUGCCGAUGGCUGAAAGGUCGUCUCGGGCACAGGGAACCCGGGGCAAAUACCUGAAGAUUUUUAUCCCUGUGGGAGUUAUGGUGAUCAUCGUAGUAACAAUCAUUUUAAUUUGUGCCUGUCGCAAAAUGCGCAAAGCAAGAAGGCGAAAAGCUAAUGAUCAAGACCUUCUGCCAUUUUUGCGAAAAGGUAAGAGUGUAAUAUCAAACACGUAGUCUGCUGAUUAGAUACAUGUAUCUGCACUCCAGUUUAAGGAUGCUUUUAGCCUAGUAACAUUUCGACCUGGGAUUGGUCGCUUCGCUAAAAGUUAAGGUCGCUUCAUAGAUAUGACCAUAAGUAAAUUCUCCCCAACUCAGAUUAGUCGUUUCGCCCUAAGACUAAAAAAGUGAUGUUUUCCAGGUGUUCUCCUGUUCUUAAUAUCUCUAUCACUUUCAUCUCGUAAAAUUACUUAAAAUUCUUAAAGGUGUAAAGCAAUAUGUUGCCUAUACUUUUCAAGGGCCAAAGUACCCCGUUCAACUGAUCUCUUGUAUUGUAUCUAAAAUACGUGGUGUUAACACAAUGAAGUGAAUUCUGAAAACUGCUACGACAUAAUAUUCCAAGUGAAAAUCAAAAUAAUAGCAACAAUAUUGAAUCAGGAAAUAGUACAGAAAGUAUGUCAUAGCCAUUAUCGCGAGCACUAUGAAGCGAAAUCUUCACCUACAAGUCAUUUCUAAGCUGCUUCCUUCCCCUAGAAAUGAUUUUUUCGUAAAAAUCAUAAAACAUUACUAUUUUGUUACUUAAGGAUUGGAUCGUUUCUUGAGACAACUCUCCAUCGAUGACAAAAAAAUGAUAUCCAGAGAAAUCAGUAACUCACGCCAAGGUAAGUAAAUGUCUAUCCUUCCCCUUAACUGUUUUCAACUAGAGAAGACAUUAAUUCGAUUUUCUCUAACACGAAAAAAAUCUGAGCUUAACAAAAACAAUUAUUUGAGACUUGGCUUGAAGUGCAUUGAAAAAAAGAUGAAUAUAUUGACUAUCGAUUAAUUAGACCGGCAGAUUGAUGGAUGAUUGGAUUGACUGACUGAUUACCCAGGCACCUUUUAUCAAUCAAUCCGUAGAUCAUUCAGCAAUUGCGUGAUAUGUUAACGAGAUUUGUUGCCUUAGCGACAGGGCGAACUUACCGCUGACAUUAUAACCUCGCGAGCGCACUUUUUAACCUUUUGAAGUUUGAAACCCUCAUGCUCUUGUCAAGCGUGCUAGUAAACGGAGAAAAUUACAUUGAAGCUUUGUUGUGUUUAAUGAAUUGGAAUUCGACUGUUAUUUCCAUUGGGUAGCACGUAGCAGAUCAGUUUUAAAUGACUAUGAGAUAAAUAUUGCUUGGAUUGUCGAAGUCAUAAGCUGCAACCGAAGAAUCAAUCAAUGAAAAUAAAUUGCUGAGAACUAGAUCAUAAGCGUCGAGGUCGUAGGUGAAAUGGAAAGAAAAAGGAACAAUUGGAACAAUGAUUCUUCUGACAACGAUACCAUCGAGUUUAUGACUUUGACCCCGUUCCUGGAGUAAACCAGCUUUGAUUGAUUGAUGAGGUUAUUUUUUUCACUGUUUCGUUAGAGCUGUGAGACCUUUUACGGUGGCCAAUUUACAUUUAUUUAUCAAAUCAGUUGAUAAAACCAAAAGUAUCUUGUUUUACUCUCUUACCGACGCAGCAUUUUAGAAACUUACCCUUUUAAUUCGUUGCUUGAUUGUUUGAAAAUUAUAUAUCCUUUGUAUUUAAGGGUAUGCUGACUGGCGUGCUGUCUUGGAUGAAUUGAAUGACCCCGGUUUGCUUGAGGAAUCUAGGGGAUGGAAUGCAAGAGACGAAGAAAUAAAUAUCAAUAAAUUUCUAGCAGCAUAUGGUGAGAAGGAGGGUAGCACGGUUGCGAGAUUGAUUCAGGCCAUCAGAGAUGCUGGACUGGAGCUUUCUGCUGAGAAAUUGAAAAAAAACUUGGUUCAGAUGGAGAUGGAUCAAGUGGUAAUAUACUGAUCAGUGAGAUAGAGGAAAUUGAAGAGGAUACUCGCGUAUAAAAGGUUACUUUUCAACUAACAAAUAGAUGUUUCCAUUUGAUUGUUCACAGAAAUUUACCAACAAAGAUUUUGAGGUAGUUCAUAAGCACUCGUAUCCUUGGUAUUUCUAAUUAAUCGCCCUGAUGUAGUAAGCCUAGUAUCCGCACAGUUGUCUCCCUUCCAGAGUUAAUGACACAUGAAUUAGUGUCUGCUUGUUAAUUAGACAAAACUGAGCUAAGUAUCAGCACAGUACUAUCAGUCGUCUAAUAGUUUUAAACCCAAAACAAAACCAUUCAUAAUGACUGCUUCGGUUCCAUACAUGUAGGUCGCCAAUUUGGUCUUAAAAUUCAUUAUCCUGUAGUAUUUCUUCUCGCCAGGGUGAUAGAACUAAAAAAAAAUAAACAUAACAAAAAAUGAAAAAAAAAAACUGCUAUUCUACUUAAGUAACCUUAGUUUGUUUUGUAUUCACUAGCUAAGUGACUUGUUGCAUGCACCCAAGGUGCAUUUGGAACUAGAAUUUCUGUCUUUGUUUACAAUGUAGCAAUAGUCAGUGUUGCUUAAUUGAAGUAAGGUCUCAAGGUUCUGCUCUCACUUCAAUUUUUGACCCACAAUUUUUAUCUCAUUUUUGACUCCCUCCUUUUUAAUUCAUCCUUAGUAGAACAGCUAAAAUGGAAGCAUGUACAUAAGAGAUCAAUAUCAGUAUCUGGACAACUGCCAACUUACCCCUCCCCUAACUCAACAACAGUCAAUUGAUAACAAGUCAGGGUUAAUGUUGGGUUAAGGAAGGGGUAUGUGGGCAGUUGCCCAGAUACUGAUAUUGAUCCCACAUAAGGAUCAACAACUGUGUUUUUCACAUAUUUACUAGAGUUUUCUUCAACUCCAUAUUUAUUUGGAGCUGUUCAUAUUGCAGUAGCUUAAUGCAAAACAUCCUAACUCAAAUAUAAAUUGAUCCUUUACAUCCAAAUUUGUGAUUAUUCCAGACUUAUAUGAGUUUCCAUCAUUGAAUAUAGGAUUUGUUUAAUAUAAUAAUUGAUAAAUUUUUGGUAUAUUUAUUAUAUUAAAUAUUAUCUGCUAUUUGGAAAUAGUUCAAAUGA